AUGAUGAGUAUCCGUGAUCGGGCCUUAGCUAGGGCUCGGAGCACUAAAAGCGACUCCCACAUGCGCUUCUACAAGUACAUGAAAAACACUGUAAACAGUGCUAUUAACAACGAAAAGGCAGCCUUUUUCACAUAUUACGUUAAUAAUAAUAAAGAAAGAAUAGUUUGCAAUCAACUUACGAAAUACAUCGAGGAGGAAAACAUACUACCUGAUGUACAACCGGGCUUCAGAAAAGGUUAUGGAACCGCUACUGCCCUAGCGCACUCAACUGAUGAUAUCAUAUCGACGAAUGAUGCGCAAAAGGGUAGUAUAUUAGUUCAGCUUGAUUUUACCCGGGCAUUCGAUUGUUUAGACCCAGAACUACUUGUUGCCAAGUUAGCUUACUAUGGCGUAGAGAGAAGCACAUGUAAAUGGUUUAAAGCAUAUCUGUCAAACCGAAAGCAAUUUGUUGAACCGGAGGUGCAAGGUAGGGACGCUAUUUCCGAAAUACGGAGUGUGGACCGAGGAUGUCCUCAAGGAUCUAUAUUAGGUCCUCUUCUUUUUGUGAUCUAUACAGCAGAUUUAGGGCAUCUAAGCAUUCAUGGCAGGUUGCUUAUAUAUGCUGACGACACGCAGUUGCAUUAUCCCAUUGACCCUAAAGACACGAAUGCAGCAGUAACUCAAAUAAAUGAGUACGUGGUAAAGGUCCUUACAUGGGCUAAUAACAACAGACUUCUUCUAAACAGCUCCAAAGCUAAAUACACAGUGUUAGUUGCCCGAGAAGAUACGCCGAAAAGCUUGGGAGUACUACUCGACCCACUGUUGCGCUAUGAAGAUCACAUAAAUUCGCUUAUAAGGGUUGCCUUUUUUAAGCUCAAAACUCUAUAUGGAAUUAGGAGAUACCUGUCCCAGGAGGUCAGGGUGAUUGUCACAGAAGCAAUAAUUCUUUCACAUUUUAAUUACUGUGAUACUGUUUAUGGACCCAGGUUAUUCGCCAAACAGCGUGUUCAAAAUGCUUGUGCGCGUUUUUGCUUAAACGUACCGAAGAGGGCUCACAUCACGCCGUUUCUCAUAAAAUCAAACUCACUGAAGAUGAAAGAUAGAAGAAAUCUGCAUCUAGCUGGACAGGUCUUUAAACUCGUAAAGGCUCGCAGGCCAACAUCCCUUUACAAAAAACUAGAAUGGCAGAAGGACUCCCAUUUACUAAAUACUCGCAGUAAAGAUAAGCUCCAACUGAAAAUCCCAAAACAUAAAACGAGUGGUUUUCAGGGUUGCUUUAAGUACGCUGCGAAUGCUACCGCGUUUGACUACAUAGUGAUAGGAGGGGGCACCGCCGGGGCCACGAUCGCAGCUCGCCUUUCCGAACUAAGAGACUACACGAUCUUACUUGUCGAGGCCGGGGGGGAUCCACCCACCGAGAGCAUCAUUCCAGGAUUCCACGAUGCGAUGAAAACGAGCAGUGUCGAUUGGAACUUUAUUACCACAAGUGACAACUUCUCAAGUCAGGCUCUGCUUAAUGGGAGUCAGCGCCAACCCCGCGGCAAGAUGCUGGGCGGCAGCGGGUCCAUAAACGACAUGAUUUACUCGAGAGGAUUCCCCGCAGACUACGAGGAAUGGGCUACCGUGCUCGGAGAAGAUUGGAGUUGGAGCAACGUGCUCGAAUACUUCAAAAAGACGGAACACCUCACAGACGAAAGGUUCGUCAAUGACGCUCAUCUGACGCGGCUUCACGGGUUCGGGGGCGAAAUAGAGGUGGCAGGGAUCUCGGAAUCGCCGAGGGCCACAGACAAAUUUCUCGACGCUUUUAAAGAGUUGGGUUUUAAGUUAGUGAAGGACAUGACGAAUCCCGACUCAAUCGGCGCCGGAAGAUUCUCGCACACCAUUAGAGACGGGAAACGGGAUAGCUCGGCCACGGCUCUGCUAAAUAAAGCGAAAGACAGGGACAAUUUGUACGUCUUGAAAAACGCUUUAGUCGCGAAGAUCCUCAUAGAACAGAAGAAGGCCUACGGGAUCGCAGUUUCGAUAGAGAAUAAAACCUACCACUACUAUGCGAAGAGGGAGGUCGUCUUAUCCGCGGGAACGUUCAAUUCGGCGAAACUGUUACUGCUCUCCGGGAUCGGACCGAAGGAGCACCUCAGGGAAAUGCAUAUAGACGUUGUGGCAAAUCUGCCCGUCGGCUACAACCUACACGAUCACGUCAUGGUACUGAACUUUCUGGCGGCCGAAGAGGGAACCUGUCACUCUGAAGAAAACGAGCGCUACUUAGACAUCGUCCAAUAUCUCUACGACAGACGAGGGUUCUUCAGAAGGACCAGUGAUCUAGCGGCCUACAUUUCGUAUAACAGGUCGACGCCGAACGUCCCCGAUUUCGCGUUAUAUCCUACGUGUAUGGGUAAGAACAGCGGUUUCUACGAUUCAUGCAUCAACAUGUUAGGCUUCAAACCUUACAUUUGCGAGAAAGUGUCCGCUGCGAAUCGAGAGCACGAGAUACUGGUGGUUCCCGCUGUGAAUCUGAAGCCUCUAUCCAGGGGUAGGGUGUUGUUGCAGUCCACGGACCCUCUGCGGCCUCCCCUGAUAUACUCGGGCACUUUCAGCGACGAAACCGACUUGCUGCAUUACCCUGCAGCUCUUCGGACGGCGCGAUCCGUGGCCGAUACGGCAUAUUUUCGCUCUAAGAAGGCCAGAGUGAUCGACCUAGAUAUUGAGGAAUGUAAAGGCUUACGAGGCGUCGAGAUGCUGAGGUGUACCGCCAUAUGUAUGGCGACCUCCGCGUGGCACGCCGUCGGCACCGUCGCCAUGGGAACGGUGUUGGAUGCCAAACUGCGCGUCCGCGGGAUUCGCGGUCUCAGGGUCGCCGAUGCCAGUGUUAUACCCAAGGUGGUUCGAGGGAAUACGAACGCCCCUGUCGUGAUGAUAGCGGAGAAGGCAGCCGACUUCAUCAAGCGGAGUCUAAGCACGUGGUAG